CGGACCAAUCACGAAUUGGCCCCAAGCAACUGAAAUUCAACAUCAAACGCGCUCCGCUGACGAACGAGACGACAACUCCUAAUCUUGGUCGGGAAUCAUCUGAGUCCAGAGCCUGUCCAAAGCCUGUCGUCCUCCUUAGUCCUUCCAACCACCAAUCGCCGAGCCAACAGCGAUGUCGAACACAGCCCUCGCAGCCUGCAUUCUCCAUUUUCCACUCUGCAUUUCUGCAUUCUGCAGAUAUUUCGGAGCCAUCCCAUAUAGUGGCUUCGUCACUCUAUUCCCUGUUCCUAGCCAGGUAAGUACCUCGAAGUUCUUGGCCAUCCCGUCUCUAGAUGAGCUCACCUACGCUUCCUUAUCAAGCCAUCGUCUCACUGCCUCAGCCUCCAACUGUCAAAGCGACGCACCAACUCGGCUAAACUCGUGGGCCUAACUCGCUGCAACUUUUGGAGCAUCUCCUGGAGCCCUCAAUAAUAAUGACUUCUAUUAUUUCCCCUCGUUAGUCAAGUUAAUUGACACUGUUGCGCGCGUUAUACAUGUUACGCGACAUAUCCCUUGGUAAAUUUUCAUAAGGAAAAAAAAAAAAAAAAAAAAUUUACUCGACAAAUAAGUGUCAAUAAGCUCGAUACGAACAUAACUCAACCAAACAGCCUCAUAAAG